AUGGGCCAAACUCGCUCUGAUCUGUCUCGCAGCACCACCUCCCCGCGCAGAGCCCAAUGGAAAGCAGGCGAGACGGGGCACCGACUCGGCGUUCGCCGAUUUAGGAGCGACGAGAAGCCACGGAGAGCGCAGCUGGGCAGGAACCCGAUGAAAAACAAGGUCCUGUCGUGCCUGGGAAGGAGAAAGCGAGACUCCGGCCAGAGCGAAGCGGGUUCGGGGGGCGCCAUCGCGGCCGGGGAAGAAGCGACGCGCGGCGGCCACCGUGUGGGAAAGUUGCCGAGGGACGAGGUCGAGUCGGAGGCCGGGGGGGGACGUCGAGAAGUUCCGGGUUUUUUUCGCGAGGCGCCGUCCGGUCCGGGUGGAGAUGCCGAAUCCGGCCGGAGAGCCGUGAUCCGGGAGGCGUCCGAUGCUUCUGGCUCGGAAACGCGGAGCGGUGAACGCGACGGCGCGGGCUGCGUGGAGCCGACACCCGUGGGAGGGGACGAUGCCUUGGAUCCCCCACCCAGGGCCAUGGAAGAGCUGCCGCUGGGGGGAGACGAGGCUCGGACUCGCGCCGCGUCUGAGCUGGUGAGGGCACUGACCGGCACCGGUCCGCUUCCGGCCUCCGACCCGGACCCCGAGCGGAGCGGCUCCGUUCCGGCCCCGGAUCCGGACCAACGACUGCUCCUUGCGCCCUCGAUCAGGGACGACCCGGUUGGAGCAAACAUGACCAAAACGGACCUUAAAGGAUUCCCCCGUUCCCCGAACCCCCCCGGUGAGCCGGACGCCUGUUGUCCGGUCGAAACCGAGAGCGAGAAGGACUCCGACCCCCCCCACCGGGGCACCCCGGGAGCCCGGAGCUUUCCAGGAACCAUCCCGAAACUGAUCAUCACCAGAGACCCCAGUCCGAGCCGCCCCCACGAGACGGACGAGUGUCUGGAGCCCCACGCGGACGACGAGUCGCCCUGCUCGGACAGCGGCUGCGGGGGGUCCCCGGCCCUGAUGCGCUCCCCCAGGAAGCUGUCCAACUCCUCCUCCAUCGGCCUGUCCUCCGCCUCCUCCUUUGAGGAGUCCGAGGACGACUUCACAGGCAGCGACAUCGAGUCCAGCCUGUCCCCGACCCUGUCCCUCUGCGGGCCGGACGAUGGCACAGGGAAUAAGCCCUGGCAGAAGUUGAAGACCAUGGUUCACUGGUCGCCUUUCGUCGUGUCCUUCAAGAAGCGCUACCCCUGGGUGCAGCUAGCCGGCCACGCAGGUAACUUCCAGGCCGGAGAGUACGGGCGCCUGCUGAAGCGCUACUGCGAGUGCGAGCAGCAGUGCCUGCAGAAGCUGAUGAGGGACGCGCUGCGGCCCUACGUGCCCGGCUACUACGGCGUGGUGCAGAAGGACCAGCAGGACUACAACCUGAUGGACGACCUGCUGGCCGAGUUCGACUCGCCCUCCAUCAUGGACUGCAAGAUGGGCAGCAGGACUUACUUGGAGGACGAGCUGAUGAAAGCCAGAGAGCGUCCCCGGAUGCGAAAGGACAUGUAUGAGAAGAUGGUGGCGGUGGACCCCGAAGCCCCCACCGAGGAGGAGCGGGCUCAGCAGGGGGUCCUCAAACCCAGAUACAUGCAGUGGAGGGAGACGCUCAGCUCCACCGCCACCCUGGGCUUUCGUAUCGAAGGCAUUAAGAAAGCUGAUGGGACCUGUAAUACCAGCUUCAAGAAGACGAAGCACAAAGAGCAAGUGAUGCAGGCCCUGAAGGAUUUCGUGGAUGGCAACGCUCAGAUUCUGAAACUCUACCUGCAGCGGCUGGAGGAGCUGCGCUCCGUCCUCGAGCAGUCACAAUUUUUUAGGACGCACGAGGUUGUUGGCAGCUCGCUUUUGUUUGUGCACGACGUUUCUGGAAAGGCCAAAGUGUGGAUGAUCGACUUUGGGAAGACCGUCCCUCUGCCCGAGCCUCAGACGCUUGACCACAGGACUCCUUGGGUGGAGGGCAACAGGGAGGACGGCUACCUGUGGGGGCUGGACAACCUCAUUGAAAUCCUCAGCAGUAUGCUCCCUCAGACGCCUUGA